AUGCCAAUCGGAAACCGUUUCUACGCCGCAGCUUACCUUUUAAGUAUUGCUUCCUUAUUCUCUGCUUCUGUCUUUGCAGUAGACGAUGCUUCGGAUGUCGCCUUUAAAAAACUUGGAGGGCUUCACAUGGAGUCCACCAAUGCACUUGUCCCAGACGCUUCUUCUGAGCACCCACUUGUGAUCUCACACCCAGAAGAUCAGCCGGUGUGCAACCCAAACGUUGUAAUCGAACCUUCACACAAAUUCAAGACUCUGCAAGGCUACGAAGCCAUUGUCUUGACCAACGCAAUUCCCAAGCCUCGUAAGCUCAUCCUAGACCACGCCGACCAUCUGCUGGCUGUGUCCGGAACCAACAGUCUUUACUCAAUCCGAAUGGACGAGUGUGGCAAUCCAAAUGUCAUGCUUCUGAUCGAUCAGUCGAGUAUCGGAAACCAGAUCUUUGCCCACGGAUUGGCUCAGUACGCAGACCACAUUUAUGUCACAACCCCAAGUUCAGUAUGGCAGUUUAACUAUGUGGAUGGUCAGCACACACCCUUGACAGGUGGUAUCAAGGUCUUGGAUAACAUCAAUAUUGACGACGACAGUGCACAGCCAGAUAUUGCAAUUGAUCCUUUUGGCUAUGCUUACAUUCCCAGAACAGUUACCGAAUUACACGAAAACGUUGAGCCAGGCCAUGCAAUCAUCAAGAGAUUUAAUUUCCGUCAGAUUCCAGAGGGUGGUUAUGAUUUUGAUAAUGAUGGACAGGUUCACGCCAUCGGAGCCAAUUCUCAUGGUUCGAUGAGCUUUGAUGCCCAGGCAAGAUUGUGGGGUAUUGAAGCACCUCUAGGAACCGUUGAUCGAUCUGACAUGGGAGGAGAUAUUACAGAAAAGGGACUGGCAGGCGAAAUUAAUUUGUACGAAUUUCCCAUGGAGAAUUAUGGAUUUCCGUACUGUUUUACCGAAUAUGACCUUUCCUCCUAUACAGCCAAUGGUUUGGGUAAAGGAACACAAUGGGGUCACCCUAUGUUUAUGAAUGAAACGAUGGACCUGGAUUCUUACUGUCAAACACUUGAUAACAGCCAGCAACCCGCAUUUCCUCUAACUUCUUCUUCUAAUGCCAUAGCCGUCAACUUUUACAUGGGGGAGUCUUGCUCGGUUGGUGAUCUUGAGUCGAUGGGCACAUCUGUUGGAAUGCCUUGCAACUGGACCGACACUCCUAUUGUUGCCUACCACGGGCAAGAAGGCGGACCAGAAGGCCACAGUGUGGUACACCUGGGUAUGGAUGAUCUCGGCCACCGUCCUCGCUGGGACAAAAGAGAAGAAAUCAUCUUUGAGGCUGCCGAGCCAUGUUCUUCGGACGAUCUUCCCUGCAUAUCUCCUGUCGGCCUGGCAGUCGAUUCAUUUGGCCGGCUUUUUAUUAGCAGCGACGAUUCAAAUGAGAUCUUUAGAGUCAAUCGGAUCUACAAUCCAAAGGCAGCACAGGAACUGACCGACAAGGACAAUGCAAAAGAAGCCGCAGCAGAUGCAGCAGCAGAUGCCAAGGAAGAUGCCGAAAUGGAAGCCAAGGAACAAGCGCAGGAAAAAGCAGAACAGGACGCUGCAGAAGCUGUAGAUACAGCCAAAGAGAAAAAGGACGAAAGCCUGGAAAACGAUUCAGAAGACCAGGACUCUGAAAAGACACAAAAGUCACAAAAGAUAUCAAAGAUGUCAAAUGUCUAA